AUGGGCCACAAUCCCGAGCAAAGUGGGGAUUAUACUUAUUUAGAGAUUAGUUUUGAUAAAAUGAUAGGAACUUGUUCUCAUGAAUUAGCUCAUUAUCUGCAAUUAGUUAAGCAUGGUAAAAGCAGUUGUGAGAGUGAUUUAAAGUUGAAUAAUGGGAGGUAUGAUAAAGAAUUAGCCAGCGAACAGGAAAAAUGA